UGUCCAUAGCCAGAGUCAAAAUCAGUGUAGUCAUCCACUUCCAUUUCACGCCCACACUUUGCCCCAUCACUGCCCACCUCCCGUCCAUGGCAGAGAGCAGCAAGAAGCGUCGCCGAACCAACACCGACGACCUCCCUUUCAAGAACAAGCUUAAACCAGACUCCACCAUCCUCCAAACCCUGAAAGACUUCUCCACCUCUUUCUCCUCCUCUUCCUCUUCCUCCAAAACCCUAACCCUCCAAGACCUCUCCCUCCCCUUCUCCUGCCGUGAAGUCUCCGAUCUCAGCCUGUCUUCCGUUCAGUCCAACAUCGAGUCCCUCGUCCUCCGCAUCGCCCACUCCAUCCUCUCCGGCAACGGCUUUGCCUUCGACGUCCCCUCCCGUGCCGCCACCAACCAGUUUUACGUCCCAGAGCUUGACCGAAUUGUCCUCAAGGACAAGAGUUCACUUCGUCCUUUUGCGAAUAUCUCGACGGUUAGGAAGUCCGCAAUAACUGCCCGCAUAUUGCAGCUGGUUCACCAGCUUUGCAAUAAGGGGAUUCAUGUCACGAAGCGUGAUCUGUUCUACACGGAUGUUAAGUUGUUUCAGGAUCAGAUCCAGUCCGAUAUGGUUCUUGAUGACGUGUCCUGUAUGCUCGGAUGCACACGGUCCAGCCUCAAUGUGGUUGCAGCCGAGAAAGGCGUUGUUGUCGGGAGGCUGAUCUUUAGUGACAAUGGAGACAUGAUUGAUUGCACGAAGAUGGGUAUGGGUGGGAAGGCCAUUCCACCAAAUAUUGAUCGAGUUGGGGAUAUGCAGAGUGAUGCUUUGUUUAUUCUGUUGGUGGAGAAGGAUGCUGCUUAUAUGAGAUUGGCCGAGGAUAGAUUCUACAACCGGUUUCCUUGUAUAAUCGUGACUGCCAAAGGGCAACCCGAUGUUGCUACAAGGCUGUUCCUGAAGAAGAUGAAGAUGGAGUUGAAGCUGCCAGUGCUUGCACUUGUGGACAGUGAUCCAUAUGGGUUGAAGAUUCUCUCUGUCUAUGGAUGUGGGUCAAAGAAUAUGUCCUACGACAGUGCCAACCUGACAACCCCUGACAUAAAGUGGCUCGGGGUUAGGCCUAGUGAUUUGGACAAGUACAAGAUACCUGAGCAGUGUAGGUUGCCGAUGACUGAGCAGGAUAUUAAGACCGGAAAGGACAUGUUGGAGGAGGAUUUUGUGAAGAAAAAUCCAGGUUGGGUUGAGGAAUUGACAUUAAUGGUGAAAACUAAGCAGAAGGCUGAAAUUCAGGCCCUGAGCACCUUCGGCUUUCAGUAUCUAUCUGAGGUUUAUUUGCCCUUGAAAUUGCAGCAGAAGGAUUGGCUAUGACCUUUCACAACCUAAGAGCAAUGUUUAUUGUCUAAGAUUGUUCCAACAGUUUAGUGAUGCAGUACUAUUUAUUAAUGCUCUGAUUUUUAGAUUGACUUUGUUUAUACUUCUGCCUUUGAUCUCCCGACUUCAACGCAUUUGAAUUGCUAGAGUUCCUCUU